UGUAACAGUAGUAGCGAGUGUGACAUUGUAUUGAUUGGAGUUUUGUUUUGUAUGGAGGUUGCAAGGAGGGAAUUUACGAAACAGUUUGUGAUACAUCCACUAGUUUGACAUUCAUUUUACUAAUACAGAAAGUAUUAUUACGGAUAAAGUCGUAAGGGAGCCGUUAUGGGAGACAACAACAAAGGCGCGAAAGAUGACUUGAAUGUACUUGAAGAGAUACGCUCAUUUGGUGAUUACAUGAUUCAGCACAUCCCUGACGAAAAUGUAGAGGAACCACAUGAGAGAGUGGCAGAGGAAUCUUCGGCCGACUUGAGAGGCAUUAAGAGAUGCAUAGAAUGGGAAGAGUAUCAGGCUCAUUCAAAGAAGCUCAGGACUGAUACACAUGUUAAAGGAGAAAAAAUUUAUACAAAUGAAAGGGUGUUCAAAAAACAUGAAGAAGAAAUAUCUGUAAAGAAAAAUGGGUCAGCUGAGUGCAGUUCAUCAAUCCAGUAUAUUAGAAAUGAGAUUGCCAUUAAGAGAGUGUAUAAGGAAUGUAGCAGCGAGAGCAGAAGCACAGAGAGUACUGAGACGGAAGAAUGUGAUCUGCAGCCUGCUCCAUCAGUUGGUCGUAGACUGAAGUCUGCGGUGUUGGCUCCUGUUCCAAGGGGAGAUGGUUUACUUAACAAGCCAGAACAAGUUUCAACGCUUUGUGAACCAUGUGCUGAACCAUCUAAACAGAAGGAAUAUGUUGAACCGGACAGGUGGCCCACAGAUCACAGUGAAUUGGAUGAACCACAUGCAGAAUCACCUAAGGAGAGGAAAUUGUUUAAACCCAGCAGGUGGCCCACGGAUCACAAUGAAUCAGGUGAACCAUAUACUAAAUCAUCUAAACAGAAGAAAAUUUUUAGGCCCACGGAGUGCAAUGAAUCAGGUGAGCUAUAUGCUAAAUCAUCUAAACAGAAGAAAUAUUUUAAACCCAGCUGGUGGCCCAUGGACCACGAUGAAUCAGGUGAACCAUAUGCUGAAUCAGCUAGACAGAAGAAAUAUUUUAAACCUAGCUGGUGGCACAGAGACCACAAUGAAUCAGGUGAACCAUAUGCUGAAUCACCUAGACAGAAGAAAUAUUUUAAACCUAGCUGGUGGCACAGAGACGACAAUGAAUCAGGUGAACCAUAUGCUGAGUCAGCUAGACAGAAGAAAUAUUUUAAACCCAGCUGGUGGCACAGAGACCACAAUGAAUCAGGUGAACCAUAUGCUGAAUCAGCUAGACAGAGGAAAUAUUUUAAACCCAGCUGGUGGCACAGAGACUACAAUGAAUCAGGUGAACCAUAUGCUGAGUCAGCUAGACAGAAGAAAUAUUUUAAACCCAGCUGGUGGCACAGAGACGACAAUGAAUCAGGUGAACCAUAUGCUGAAUCAGCUAGACAGAAGAAAUAUUUUAAACCUAGCUGGUGGCACAGAGACCACAAUGAAUCAGGUGAACCAUAUGCUGAAUCAGCUAGACAGAAGAAAUAUUUUAAACCUAGCUGGUGGCACAGAGACCACAAUGAAUCAGGUGAACCAUAUGCUGAAUCAGCUAGACAGAAGAAAUAUUUUAAACCCAGCUGGUGGCACAGAGACCACAAUGAAUCAGGUGAACCAUAUGCUGAAUCAGCUAGACAGAAGAAAUAUUUUAAACCUAGCUGGUGGCACAGAGACCACAAUGAAUCAGGUGAACCAUAUGCUGAAUCAGCAAGACAGAAGAAAUAUUUUAAACCUAGCUGGUGGCACAGAGACCACAAUGAAUCAGGUGAACCAUAUGCUGAAUCAGCUAGGCAGAAGAAAUAUUUUAAACCCAGCUGGUGGCACAGUGACCACAAUGAAUCAGGUGAACCAUAUUCAGAAUCAUCUAAACAGAAGAAAUUUUUUAAAUCCAGCAGGUGGCCCACAGACCACGAUGCAUCAGAUGAACCGUAUGCUGAAUCAUCUAAACAGAAGAAAUUUUUCAAAUCCAGCAGGUGGCCCAUGGAUCACGAUGAAUCAGGUGAUCCAUAUGCUAAAUCAUCUACGCAGAAGAAAUUUCUUAAACCCAGCAGGUGGCCCAUGGACUACAAUGUAUCAGGUGAACCAUACGCUGAAUCAUUUAAACGCAAGAAAUUUUUUAGACCCGGCAGGUGGCCCAUGGAUCACGAUGAAUCUGCUGAGCCAUAUGCUGAAUCAUCUAGACAGAAGAAAUUUUUUAAAGCUAGCAGAUGGCCCAGAUAUCACAAUGAAUCAGGUGAACCAUAUGCUGAAUCAUCUAAACAGGAAAAAUUUUUUAAACCCGGCAGGUGGCCCACAGAUCACAAUGCAUCAGUUGAGCCAUAUGCUGAAUUAUCUAGAGAGAGGAAAUUUGUUAAACCUAGUAGGUGGCCCAGAUAUCACAAUGAAUCAGGUGAACCAUAUGGUAAAUCGUUUAAACAGAAGAAAUUUCUUAAACCCAGCAGGUGGCCCACAGAUCACCAUGAAUCAGAUACUUUCUGCACACCAAAGACGCCAAAAAGACAGUAUACAUCUCAUAGCUGGUCUGAUGAAGCCGAAAUAUUUGGUGCGGAGUACACAAAACCAGUUCAUCUGGAACAUGACCGUAGAUCUCUUGGCUGGUUUGAUGGUGAUGAAAUUUCAGAAGAUGAGUGGGCAGUUGAGAAAAGUAGGAGAAGCAACACAGAGGAACAUAUUAACGUCACUGAAGACAACAUAUUGGAAGAGGAGUUUCAGGAGGAAUUAAACAAUAGUGACGAGUAUAUUGAGGAAGACUUGAGUAAUUCUGAAAUGAACUCUUCAAGCUCUGAUGCAGAAUCACACUCAAAUUCAGGGAAGAGACCAGCAAAAAAGCACAUCAAGGAAUUGAGAGGUGCAAAACAUGCAGACCCACAGUUCAUGCUUUCGAGAUCAAGAAAGUCAAAAUAUUAUGAUGACUACAUGAGGAAACUGAAUUACCUUGUACAUGAUGCAAGAUUUUUUGUUAUGAAGAGCAGCUGUGUUGAAAAUAUAACAUUAUCAAAAGCAAAGGGAGUGUGGUCAACUUUACCACAAAAUGAAGUCAAAUUGAAUGAAGCCUUCCAGGAAAAUUCUAAUGUGUUUCUUAUAUUUUCAAUUAAGGGGAGUGGAAGGUUUGCAGGAUUUGCAAGACUCAGAUGUGAAUCCCAGUGGGAUAUUCUGCCUGUAUCCUGGAUGCUACCUCCACAAAUACCAGCAGAAUCACUUGGAGGUGUGUUCAAAAUCGACUGGCUGUGCAGGAAAAGCCUUCUGUUCGUAGAAACAAACCAUUUGUGCAACCCAUGGAAUGAUGAUAAACCUGUUAGAAUAAGCAGAGAUGGGCAGGAAAUUGAACCCCAUGUUGGGAAGAAGCUGUGCAGAUUAUUUCCCAUAGAUGAAGGAAUUGACUUAACAGCAAUCCUACGUAAGUCAAAGAUUCCAAGAAGAAGGCACAGAAGUAGCCAUUCCAGGCACCGGUAUAUAGAACAAGAAGAAAGAGAAUUCGAUACCUAUGGGCACAGCCACUCUUUUGGGAGGGGAACAUGGGGACAUGACGAACCAGAUUCCAGGAAGCAUGCCAAGAAAGCAAGAGGGUUAUCUCCUGGCAGCUCCAAGAAGAAAGAGAGACAUGAUCGGCAUCCACAGCAUUACCAACAGGAAAAUGAAGAAGUUGAUGAUUCUGUGGAGCCUCAGUAUCCACGCUAUUAUGAUGGAGCACCUCUACCAGAAUAUUAUCCUAGUAUGAGAACCCACAACAGACAUAAGUAUUUGUGUGACCAACUGGCAGAAGAUUCCCCAAGUAAAACAGCAGAAGGAAAACAUAUGAGCGAUGAAGAUCGCCACAAAAAGAAAGCCACUGAUUAAGUCAUAGUGUCUAUGAAUAUCUUAUUGUGUUUUUUAAAAUUCUAAAUGUUGUGUCAAUGUGCUUUUCUUUAAUCUAAAUUUGAAGAUUACUGAAAUUUUGUUGAGUCUGAGAGAAACUGUCAAUUGUUAGAAAACCUGCUUAGCCGUUAUACAACAUUCCAUAUUAGUUUGCAGCCACUGUGUACCAUAAAUAUAGUUGAUUUUACUUGAUGUAUUGGGUGCUACAUGUGUAAAAUGAGUGUUAUAUGUGUUGACUGGCUGUUCUACAAGUGAAAAUGCAUUGUUGGUGAAUGGAGGGUGCUGACACAUUCAUGUUUAAUGUAUUGUCCACAACGUUAGUAGUAUCAAGAAGCGUUAGAUAUCUAUGAAGUGGUUCAUUGUGAUCUGCUGUUGGCUCAUUGCCCGAAAACUUUAGUAACAAGUGUAAUGGGUGUUAAGUCAAUGAUACCAAUUUCUGUUUAAUAAAUGAUGUGGUCAUCUUGAGCAGAUAUUACCAUGUGGAAGAGGGAAGGACAAUUUGAUUGUAAUACUUUGAGUUAGAGCUAUUUUAUCCUCAAGAUUUUAUAGUGGUGCGAGACAAGACAAGAGUGUUAGGCAAGACAAGUGUGUUCGAUAUCCAUAAGUUGGCAUUUUACAUAUUAUUGUGGUACUUAUGGAAAGAAGGGAGAUACUAGUCUGUUACAACUUACAUGGCUCACUUAAAAGGAAAACUGAAGAUUUGCAACUGAAGCAGUGGCUUUGCUGAUGGAUUAAAUACUUCAUCUUUGAUAUGUACCUAAAACAAAGUGUUCUUUUCCUGUCAUUUACUUUGAAACACAUUUUGAUAUUGAACAGAUUGUAAAUUCCAAUACUACUUUAUUGUGACUAACAUCAAAGUAACAUAACUGCCUCAGUGUAUUUAGUUACUAUUUGUAAUGACAACAUUGAAAAUGUUGCACUUGUUUCAUUGGGAAUAUUUGGUACUGUUACUCUCACAAAUAUUUAAUUUCAUUGCUAUCACAAACAUUUGGUGUUGUUGCUCUUUUGCUUCCUCGUUUGCCCAUUUACCAUUGGUACACAAAAACAAGUACUGUAAUAAUUUUCACACCUGUCCAAAAACUUAAAUUGUAAUUUGCUUUUCCAAAUAUCAAGCUCAGAUAAUUUCAUAGGGAUUGUAUUGCACUAAAUCUCUGUGAGACAGUAUAUCUAAUGCCAUAAUACAAAAUUUAUGGACUGCAACUUCCAUUGACUUCUGCAGUGCUCACUUUCAUGCAAGUGUCCUAUGAAUUAUGUAAAUAGCAGGAUAUGGGUAGUUGGGGAUUUGAAGAAAACGGUGAAAGAGGGUGACAGCUGAAUGUUUGCUUUCAUUGUGACCAUUCAUUUUUAUACUUGUAGUUGAAAAUUGGCUUGUACCCUACAAGAGAUUUAUUUCAAUUAAUUUUCUAAGAGACUAGUUCUCAAAGACUUUGAAAGUUUAAUUUAAAAACUUAAGACUCAUUAAAACUGGAAGCAGCUGCAUGUGUACACAGCAUGCUUUGCCCAAUAGAAUUUUGUAAUGUCAGACUCCCUACAACACUUGACACAUAGUUUUUGAGGUUCACUUGCUCCCUGUGCACUGGUUGCUUUUUUGCAGACAUGAGCAACUAUUCUUGUGAUUACAGACAUAUGCCAUUAUAAUCACAAUAAUGUGUACAGUGUACGAUUCCAAAUCAUAUCUGUCUCACAUCAUUGUCUUGUUUUUUUUUUUUUCCUCAUAUUUGUAUUUGUCAUGAGACUGAUCACACAUGAACAUAUGUUCCAAGCCAAAAUCAGGUAAAGUCUAAGUUUCUUCAGAAAUUUUCUAUACUUUCCAGCUGUAUUCUGUUCAGAAAUUAGGUGGAGAUCUGCUCUGGUAGUGAGGGAGUAAUUACACUCUGUCUCCAGUACAUUAAAAGAAUUUAUUUUUAUUCAGUACAGGAAGUUUGGAUGAGCUUCUAAUUUAAUUUUGUGGUGAUAGGAAAAAAAAAACUUCUAGUGUAUAGAUAGUUAUUACUGUUUAU